GAGUAGGCCUAAAGCAUCAAAGGUAGCACUCCCAUUUCUAAGGUCAACUUGGUUUUAGGUCAUUUAUUUUUCAUUAGACAUCAUGUGUAUGCUCUUUGUCUACUUUUGUAAUGAUCCAUCGUCUGAAGACGGUUAUAGCGUAAUUAUUGCAAGUAAUAGAGAUGAAGUUAUAACAAAACCAACACUUAGUGCCAAUUUUUGGUCGGAUUAUAGUGAUUGUAUUGGAGGAAUAGAUGAAAUGGGAGGUGGUACAUGGCUUGGAGUAUCAAAACGAGAAAGAAUAGGUGUUCUAUUAAACAUUUCCUGUGAACCAGAUUUAACGAAACCUACUAGAGGAACACUUGUUAAAGAUUUUGUAACUGGUUCAGAUGAUAGUUGUGUAUAUCUCGAAAAAUGCUCAAAGAAGAGAGCAAAUUAUAAUCCAUACCAUUUGAUUCUUCUAGAAAAGGAAAAUAAGAUUUGGAGAAGCUUCUAUCAAAAUAAAGAAAUGGAAAUUCCUUUCUUAAAUUUACAACCUGGCUAUCAUGUUUUCGGCAAUUGUCCGGAUAAUAAGCCAUGGAAAAAAAUAGAAUACGGGAGAAAAUUGUUUCAAAAUAUAGUAGAAAAGUAUAACAAUGUGAAACAGAGAGAUGACUUGAAAGCUCAACUAUUGAAUAUGUUAUCAGAUUCUAAAAAGAAUUUACCUGAUCAAGCACUUUACAACCAAUUAAGUCAUGUGAAAGAUCCAUCGUGUUAUAGUUCUAUUAGAGUAAAAAUUCCGGAAAGCUCUUAUGGAACGAGAACACAUACCAUUGUUUUGGUCGAUAAAAAAGGAAAUUUUCAUUAUGAAGAAAAAACAAUGACUGAACCAAUUGACCUUCAAAAUCCAAAUUGGAUAACUUCACAUUUUGAUUUUUAA